GGGACAGGGAGGGGGUCGUGCAAGUGCCCGCCCCCGCUUUAGCCGGGGCGGGGGCGGGAGCGGGCCGCCAGCGGCGGGGGGAGCCGCCGGGAAACCCCCCACCACCGCAGCAGCCCCGCGGGCUCGUCCUCCCCAGCGCCAUCUUCCCCUCCCCUCGGGCAGGACGGUUGAGCGGCCGCCCGGCCCCGAGCAGCCGUUAACGGGCGGCGGGAGCCGGCGCGGGCCCGCCCCACCCCCACCGGCGCGCCUCUGAGGACGUGGCCGGGUGGCCGGCGGCCGCAGCGAGGGGCCCCGCACUCCCCCUCUCCCUCAGUCCGUCCGUCGUCCCGCAGCAGCGUCUCCGUGGGCCAUGGCGGAGAGGCGGCCGCGGCGCGGGGCCGCCGCCCCACCCGUGCCGCCCGCCGGCUCCCCUGAGCGGCCGUGCCGGCUGUCCGGGCGGCGGGCGGGCGCCGCCAUGGGCCGAGCCGCGCUGCUGCUGCUGCUGCUGCUGGCGGCGGCGGCUGCGGACAGGGCCGCCGUCCGGGCUGCGGAUGGCCCGGAGGUGCGCAGCCUGCGGGGGAGCUGGCGGCUGAGCAACGGGAACGGCUCGGUGGCCCUGCGAGGGGAGGUGCCGGGCUGCGUGCACACCGCGCUGCACCGCCGGGGCCUCAUCCAGGAUCCAUACUAUAGAUUUAAUGAUGUGAUGUACAGGUGGAUCUCGCUGGAUAACUGGACUUACAGCAGGACAUUCAAAACUUCUUUUGACAUCAGAAAGUGGCAGAAAGUGAAUUUGGUUUUUGAGGGAGUAGAUACAGUAGCACAGAUCCUGAUCAACAAUGUCACUCUUGGGAGAACAGACAACAUGUUCAACAGAUAUAGCUUUGAUAUUACCAGCGUGAUCAAGGAGGUCAAUUUUGUUGAAGUCCGUUUCUUAUCAGCCAUUUCAUAUGCAGCAGAGCAGAGCAGAUGUCACAAAGCAUACAGCAUCCCCCCGGCGUGCCCUCCACCUGUGCAGAAAGGAGAGUGCCAUGCUAAUUUCAUCAGAAAGGAGCAGUGUUCAUUUAGUUGGGACUGGGGCCCUUCUUUUCCCACUCAAGGAAUCUGGAAAGAUGUUAGGAUUGAGGCCUAUAACUAUUAUCACCUGAUUUACUUUUCUUUGACUUCUUUCUUUGUAAAGAGUGCUCAGCAGUGGAGUCUUGAAAUCGAGUCUAUUUUUGAUGUAGUCAGCUCCAAGCCAGUUGCAGGUCUUGUGACUGUGAACAUUCCCAGAUUGCAAACGCAGCAAACAUUCAGUGUGAAGCUUCAACCUGGAGAAGGCAGUAUUGUGCUGCUUGUAAACAUCAAUAAGAGUUCUACGGUGGAGGCUUGGUGGCCAAAUGGACAUGGAAAGCAAACUGGAUACGACAUGACAACAACUUUCAUCAUGGAGACAGGAUACCAGAUUGAGAAGUUUUCAAAGGCCUAUUUUCGGACAGUAGAACUUGUUCAGGAACCUAUUCCUGGCUCACCAGGUCUGAGUUUCUACUUCAGAAUCAAUGGCCGACCCAUUUUCAUUAAGGGCUCGAACUGGAUUCCAGCAGAUUCUUUCCAGGACAGAGUGACCUAUGACACAUUAUGGCUACUCUUGAAGUCUGCAGCAGAUGUUAACAUGAAUGCACUUCGUGUUUGGGGAGGAGGAGUAUAUGAACAAGAUGAAUUUUACGAUAUCUGUGAUGAAAUAGGAAUAAUGAUUUGGCAGGAUUUUAUGUUUGCAUGUGCACUAUAUCCAACUGACGAAAAAUAUUUAGAAUCCGUAAGAGCAGAAGUUUCUCAUCAGGUAAGGCGUUUAAAAUCCCAUCCAUCAAUUAUUUUGUGGAGUGGCAACAAUGAAAAUGAAGCAGCAAUUGCAAGCAACUGGUUCUCCAUACCUGAUGCUGAAAGAGAAGUCUAUAUCAAAGACUAUGUGAUGCUUUAUGUGAAGAACAUCCGAGAAAUAGUUCUUACUGAAGAUAAGAGUCGUCCUUUUAUUGUAUCCAGUCCCACCAAUGGCUUGGAGUCAGUUAAAGAGGGUUGGCUCUCCCAGAAUCCUUAUGAUACCCAUUAUGGUGACACACACUUUUAUGACUACAGUGAUGACUGCUGGAACUGGACAGUCUAUCCUAAAACUCGUUUUGCUUCAGAAUAUGGAUUUCAAUCCUGGCCUUCCUUCAGUACAAUUGAAAAGGUUUCUUCCACUGAGGACUGGUCCUACACAAGCAAUUUUUCUCUCCAUCGACAACACCAUGAAAAUGGCAAUGAUCAGAUGCUUCAACAGGUUGGGCAUCAUUUCAAGCUUCCCCAGAGCACAGAUCCCAUAAAGAAGUUCAAAGAUAUGAUUUACCUCACUCAGGUGAUGCAGGCUCAGUGUAUAAAGACAGAAACUGAAUUCUAUCGUUUUAGUCAAAGUGAAAUAAUCAAGGGAGAAGGACACACAAUGGGAGCUCUGUACUGGCAACUCAAUGACAUUUGGCAAGCACCUUCAUGGGCUUCCUUGGAGUAUGGUGUGAAGUGGAAACUGCUCCAUUAUUUUGCCCAGAACUUCUUUGCACCACUGCUGCCUGUGGCCUAUGAAGACAAUGACGUGUUGUACAUUUACGGUGUCUCAGAUCUUCAUGAGGACCACGAGCUGACUUUGAGGGUCAUUGUGCACGCCUGGAGUUCUUUGGAGCCGGUAUGCACACUUGCCAAAGAAGGUGUGACUGUUAAAGCACAAAGUGCUGUCCCCAUCUACAAGGAGUCCAUAAAUGACUUGCUGGAAAGAUGCAGAAAUUGUACCAGAGCAAGCUGCGUUAUUACUUUCUGUCUUGUGGGAAAAGGUGGGCUCCAGAGUCCUACGAACCAUCACUUCCUUUCAUCACUGAAGGAUGCUGUAGGAUUAGAAAAGACCCAGUUUAGUGCCUCCAUAUCCCAGCAAGAUGACACUUACAUAUUUGUUCUUCAGACCACUGCAAUUGCUCCUUUUGUUUCUCUGGAUGUAGGGAGUAUAAAAGGCAGAUUUAGUGAUAAUGGUUUCCUCAUGACCGAAAAGAAGAAAGUGCUUGUGUUUUAUCCUUGGGAGCCUACCAGUGUUGAAGAACUAGAAAAGUCACUAACCUUGACCUCUCUGAUGGAUGUUGUCUGAGAAUACUUCGUUUCCUUCUAGAUAAGGAGUGAAACAGGAGGAGGAAAGAAAUUAGAAGAAUUUGACUAAAGUUGAAGUGAUAUACAAUUUGAGCUGCCUGCAGAACAUGCUGUCUAUUCCUGUCAUUUGUGAAUUUUAACUGCUGGUUCAAUAUAAAGAUACCAACAGCAAA